AUGAACAAUUGCUUGUUCAACGAAGAUGCUGACGGCACAUAUAUGCUGAUUAUGGAUAACGACAUGAAGCCGCAUCCGAAGGUUUUACUUGCGGGGCUGUCAUUCAUCUUCUCGAAAGGCGAAGCCGUCGACGGGGGAGGACUUCAAUGCAGCGACGAUAUUUCUUGGACCCACGUGUCGUACGUGCAGACUCCUGCAGACUCCUCACGUGGUCGCGAUGGUUUCGACUCGGGUGCUCUUGCCGGCUCGAAUGCUGUGUUCUGUCGCCAAGCCUUCGACUCGAUUGGUGGCAUUCAGUACGGUACUCCGUCUGAAGAUGCGUUUACGGGGAACGUGGUGCACACUUCUGGUUGGGACUCGGUGUACUUCCGCAAGGAUUUCGAGGGCGAUGCCAAGGACCGUAUUCGAUUGUGCGGAGGUGCUAUUCCUGAGACAGUGGCUCCUGCUAUGGUCCAGAAGAAGCAUUGGGCAAAGGGUAGUGUGCAGAUUCUGCUGAUGCAAAAUGAGCGCGAAGUCGACCCGGACUGGCGUCCGCCGCGCGUGCCUGCCCCGGACCCGAAGCCAUCUCUAGCGUUCCCGCGCAAGAUGUUUUUCUACGACUCGGUGCUGUACCCGUUUUUUCGUCAACAACGUCGUGUGGCGUAUGCAGCUGGCAUGGCUUUCGUUGUCGUUCAUUACGAUGAUGACAAUUUUGAGGCCCUCCAGGCGCGCGUGGCGGGGAAGGACAAGUCAAGGGCAAACACGGGUGCUGGUCAGAAGACGUCGUGGAUAGAUAUCACGGACGUGCUUUUCUCCUUCACGCUGCUGUUCAGUCAGCUCGUGGCGCUCAUUCGUUUCGUUGAGUACGUGAUCGCGGCGAAUUCAUGGAACUACGUGUGUGCCGUGUUCUGUGACAUUUUCGUCACGCGCCAGUUAUACCCCAUGGUCAAGAAGCGUGUUCCCGAUGUGGUCUUCGUGCAGCUAUGGCAAGUCUACUACGCAGGCAAUCUCCAAGUGGCCCAAGGCAUCGUCACAGGCACGAAUGACCCGGCGGCGGCGACGAAUCGGACGCACCGGAUUGUGUCGCAAAGACGCGGAUGGUGUUUGGUCGACGAGGAGCAGAAGGAGACACAGGAUGCGAUGCAUGCCGAGCGCAGGUGA